AUGUCAAUUUAUAAAUUUUUAGCAUGGACAUCUCCAGGAUUAUAAAAUAUAUUAAUUGAAUAACUAGCUCAAUUCAAUAUUUCAGCAAAACGUAGUAGAUUACGUAAAUCAUAUUAUAUAUACUAGCUAUAUAUCCAAGUUCAGCUGUCUUUUUUGAAACCUCAAUUGACAAUCUUAAUAAUAUAUUAUAUAAGCCUACAUGCAUUACAUAUCUUAAUAUUAGAAUAAAUAAACCAAUAUAGGCAAGGAAUGUAAGAGAAUUUAUGAGGAAUAUGUAAAAUGUAUAAGUUCAUCCAUAUAUUCCAAUAAAUGCACAUCUUGAAAUUCGACUAAGUAUAAAAAGAUGCUUGAAGAAUCAUAGCAAUAAUUGGAGAGAUGUCAUCAAGAAUUAUCUUUUAAAUAAUAAUAAGACAAGAAAAUUGCUCACCGAACGAAAAUAAUUAUUAUUGGGAAAAGAAGAACAACCAAAAGAUUAUAUAAGUGAAACAUAUUCACCCUAGAUUCCAUUGUUAAUUAAUACAUAUCUGUAUCAGAAUUAUCUAACUAUGUAUAUACAAUUGCAUCUAGAAAGUUUGCAUAAAUUUGGAUUCAAGAAAUAUAUUGGUAAAGCAACAUUAUCUGAAAAUAUUGCAGAUGCUCUUCUACAUUAUUGUGAUAUGAGAAAAGGAGUUACUGUAUGGGAUCCAUUUUGUGGCACAGGUACAAUUAUCUUAACUAUGCUCAUUCGAAAAUUUAAUAAAAGUAUUAGAAGAGGUAUGUUUUUACCACUUUAUCAAAUGCCUAUAUUUAAGGAUACUUAUGUAGAAAAUGAAUUGAAUGAAUUAGAUAUAAACAUAUUGGCUAAUGAUAUCAAUGAACAAUAGUUGAGAAUAUUUUAUAAAAAUUUGGAUUGGUUUAAUAAUUUAAAAAGAAUUAUACGUCAAUAAUCACCACAAUUAAGAAGUAGAUCUUAUGAAAAUUUAAGUAUUGCCUAAUUAGAUUUUAUUAACAUGCACAAAGAAUUCAUCAAAGGUAAAUUGUAAAAAGAUGAUUUAAUUGUUGUCACCAAUCCUCCUUGGGGUAGAACAGUAAAUUUGGAUAAAUAUAACAAAAUGAUAAAAUUCUUAGAAAAUAAUUGUAAUUAAUGCUAUUUAUUGAUUGCAAGUGAUUAGUUCUAGUUUUUUGAUAAAAGAAAAUGGGAAUUAUUGGCAGAACCAUUAGUUGGAGGAUAAUGGACUAAAAUUAUAAAAUAUGAUAGAAAUAGACAAGUUCAACUUAUCACAUCUGAAGUAGUUCCUAAAGAAAAUAAUUAAAUUAUCUCAUAAUCAUCAACAACAGAUAUAAUAGCAAAAGAACUUUCUUAUUAAAGAGACAUAGAAGAAUAUGAAAAUAAAAAAAUAGUAGAUUUAACCAAAAAUUUAGGAGCACUUUCAAAGAAGUUAAAUAAUUAAGAUUAUUUAAAACAUUUAAAGAAAGAGACUCGAACUAUAGCAGAAAAACAUGCAGUAUUUCUUAAAAAAUUAAAUAUUGGAACUAAAACAAAAGUUAGAUCAAUAAUGUUGAGGAGAGCAAAUGAUAUGUACAAAACAAAAAUAAGAAAUUUAAAUCUAUAAAUAAUCAAAAUUAGAGAAUAAAUUAAGAAAGAAAAAAUUGAAUUAAAGAAAUAAGAAGUAAAAGAUAAAGUAAUUUUGGAUAAAUAUUCAUUGAAAUCAGAAGAUUUAUAGAAAAUAUAAAAAGUUUUAGAUGAAAAAGCAAAGAAAAAGAGUUUAAAAUUAUUAAAAUAAGAGAAAAAGAGAUCUCAAACAAUUCCAAGAUGGUGA